AUGAACAUCUCCCAGCCCGUCUCGUCUGUCAUUGACAGCGUCGACUUCGACUUCUUGACCCCCGACGAGAUCAAGAACAUUUCCGUCAAGAGGAUAGAGAACCCCACCACAUUUGACAGCCUCCUCAAUCCCACCCCCGGCGGUCUAUACGACCCGGCCCUGGGAGCCUGGGGCGACUCACUAUGCACAACAUGUAAUCUCGGCCAGACGAGCUGUCCCGGCCAUGCCGGCCACAUCGACCUCCCCGUGCCGCUCUACCACCCGGUCUUCAUGGACCAGAUCAUGCGCCUGCUGAGGGCCCAAUGCACCUACUGCAACCGCUUCCGCAUGCGGCCCGCCGACCUGGGCCUGUACAAGUGCAAGCUGCGCCUGCUCCAGUUCGGCCUGCUCGACGAGGCCAGCUACCUCGACGACAUCACCCCCCAGUCCACCAACAUCCCCGGCGUCGAGGCCAUGGCCGUGGACGACGACACCGACGACUCGGCCCACAUGAUGAUGAUGAGGGAGAGGUACACCGAGCACGCCAUCCGCGGCCACCGGAUCAGCACCGCCGAGAUCAGGAAGGGGAAGCACGAGGGUGCCUCGGACGUCCGCAGGGAGCUGAUCAAGGCCUUCCUCAAGGACAUGACCAAGGGGAGGAACUGCCAGAGCUGCAAGGGCAUCUCGCCAAACUACCGCAAGGACCGCUUCGUCAAGAUCUUCGAGAAGACCCUGUCCUCCAAGGAUGCCGCCAAGAUGGCUCAGGGCAGCUUCAAGCGCAAGGAUGCCCUCACCAUCAGGCUGAAGGCCAAGUCCGCCCCGAAGAAGAAGAAGGCCGCCGCCGAGACCGACGAGGGCAUAGCCGACAUCGACCUGUCGCCCGACGAGGACGAGGUGGGCUUGGAAGAAGAAGAGGAGGAGGAAGAGGGAGAGUCGGACGAGGGCGACGGCGAGGAGCUCGACGAGAACGGUGACGUCGUCAUGACCGACGCCGCGACCAAGUUGCCCAAGACCAAGGCCAAGGAGGCCACACAGCAGCGCUACGUCACGUCGAGCGAGGUUCUGGCCCGUCUGGAGCUCCUGUUCGAGAAGGAGCAGGAGAUGGUCGCCCUGCUCUACAACUCGAGGCCCCAGACCAAGUCCUCCAAGCCCAUCAACCCGAGCUCCUUCUUCGUGCAGACCAUCAUGGUCCCGCCCAACAAGUACCGCCCCGAGGCUCGUCAGGGCGACGGAGGCAUUGCCGAGGCGCAACAAAACUCCCUCUACAAGCUGAUCUUGAAUGCCUCGUCCAAGGUCGCCCAGAUCCACCGCGAGCUCGCCCAGGCUGCCAGGCCCGGGGCCGAGCCCCCCGCCCGCACCAGGAACUUCUCCGAACUACACGAGGCCUGUGUCGCACUCCAGGACUGCGUCAACUCCCUCAUCGACAAGGACCGGAACCCUGUCCGCGGCGCUGCCGGCAAGCGGAACGAGGACGGCAUCAAGCAGAAGCUCGAGAAGAAGGAGGGCUUGUUCCGGAAGAACAUGAUGGGCAAGCGUGUCAACUACGCCGCCCGAAGUGUCAUCUCGCCCGACCCCAACAUCGAGACCAGCGAGAUUGGUGUGCCUCCCGUCUUUGCCAAGAAGCUGACGUAUCCUGAGCCCGUCACCAGUCACAAUUUCAGGGAAAUGCAACAGGCCGUCAUCAACGGCCCUGACAAGUGGCCCGGCGCCGCCGCCAUCGAGAACGAGAACGGCCAGAUCAUAAACCUCAGGAAGAAGUCGCAAGAGGAUCGCGUGGCCCUGGCAAACCAGCUCUUGGCCCCUUCAAGCCACAAGCAGAGCGGCACUAGGGGCAAGAAGGUCCACCGCCAUCUCGGGAACGGCGAUGUGGUCCUGAUGAACCGCCAACCGACGCUGCACAAGCCUUCCAUCAUGGGCCACCGUGUUCGCGUCCUGCCCGGGGAGAAGACGAUCCGUAUGCACUACGCCAACUGUAACACGUACAACGCCGACUUCGACGGUGACGAGAUGAACAUGCAUUUCCCCCAAAACGAACUCGCUCGCGCCGAGGCUCUGCGGCUCGCUGAUACGGACCAUCAGUAUCUCUCGGGUACAGCAGGCAAGCCGCUCCGAGGUCUGAUUCAGGACCAUCUUUCAGUCUCCGUCGCUCUCUGCAACCGGGAUACCUUCUUCGACAAAGGUGCCUAUCACCAGCUAGUCUACAAUGCGCUCAGGCCCGAGCAUGGUCACAUCACUUCGGACAGGCUUGAACUGGUGCCCCCUGCCAUCAUCAAGCCAGUGAAGAGGUGGACCGGCAAGCAGGUCAUCACGACCAUCCUGAAGAACAUCAAGCCUCUUGGUUUUGGCGACCUCUGGCUCACCGGCAAGACCCAGGUCCCAGCGGAUCGAUGGGGUCUCAACUCGGAGGAGGGUGCUGUCCUGUUCAAGGACGGUGUGUUCAUCCAUGGUAUUCUCGACAAAGCCCAUCUGGGACCCAGUUCGGGAGGCUUCAUUCACGCGGUACACGAGACCUGGGGCCCCGAGUCUGCCGCAAAACUCCUCAGCUGCAUGGGUAGACUUUUGACCAGGUAUCUCAACAUGCGUGCGUUCACUUGUGGCAUGGACGAUCUGCGUCUCACCCAGAGUGGCGAGGAAGACCGUAAGAAGCAGCUGGAGGCGGCCAACCGCGUCGGUCUCGAGACGGCCCUCAAGUUCGUAAGCUUGGACAAGCAUACGGAUAUCGACCCGCGGAACCCAACCCUGCUCGAACGUCUCGAGGCCGUCAUGCGAGAUGACAGCCAGCAGGAGAAUCUCGAUGCGCUCAUGAACGCAGCAUGCUCACCUGUCUCGUCCGCCGUGACCAAGGCCUGUCUCCCCGCGGGUCUCGAGAAGCACUUCCCCAAGAACCAAAUGCAGUCGAUGACCAUAUCUGGUGCCAAGGGUAGCGGUGUCAACGCCAACCUUAUUUCCUGCAACCUGGGUCAACAGGUUCUGGAGGGUCGACGAGUACCGGUCAUGGUCAGCGGCAAGACUCUCCCUUGUUUCCGUCCCUUCGAGACCGAUGUCCGCGCUGGAGGUUACAUUGUGAACCGUUUCUUGACAGGCAUCCGGCCGCAAGAGUACUACUUCCAUCACAUGGCUGGUCGCGAAGGUCUCAUUGAUACCGCAGUCAAGACUUCCAGAUCCGGUUAUCUGCAGAGAUGUCUCAUCAAGGGCAUGGAAGGCCUUAAGGUGUCCUACGACACCUCGGUCAGAGACUCGGACGGGUCCGUUGUCCAGUUCUUGUACGGAGAAGACGGUCUCGACAUUACCAAGCAGAAGUAUCUGCAUGAUUUUGGCUUUGUGUUGAGAAACCGUGAGUCCGAAGUCGCACAGCUUUCGAUUGACGAGCGAGGCUGGGAUCAGGACAUAUUCUCCUCCAAGGAGUAUGCUCAGAAGUAUAUGAAGAAGGCCAUCAAGGAGGCCAAGGCGAACGACCCCAAAGCCCGCGAUCCCAUCAUGGCCGAGCUGAACGUCAACCGCAACGCCUUCGCCACCUCGGAAAAGUUCUACGAGAAAGUUAGCGACUAUAUCAAGGACAACGCCGACAAGCUCAUCAAGGAGAAGGGUGACAAGAACAAGUCCACUGAGCGGGUCGCCCGAAAAUACGCCGAGAUUCUGUUCCACACCAAGUACCUGGGAUCUCUUGUCGAGCCGGGUGAGGCCGUGGGUAUCGUUGCCGGCCAGUCCGUCGGUGAGCCGUCGACGCAGAUGACACUGAAUACUUUCCAUUUGGCUGGUCACUCGGCGAAGAACGUCACACUAGGUAUCCCGCGUCUUCGAGAGAUCUUGAUGACAGCGAGCGACCACAUUUCCACCCCGUCCAUGACCCUGGUCGUCAACGCAGAGCUCGGCCAGCGGAGCCUUGAACAGUUCGCCAAGGCCAUCAGUGAGCUCCCUCUCUCGCACGUCACUGACAAGGUCACCGUCAAGGAGCGCAUUGGCAAGGGUGCUGGAUAUCGACUGGCCAAGAUCUUCGACGUGCGCCUGCAGUUCUUCAAGUCGGCUGAUUACUGCGAGACAUACGCCAUCAAGAAGUCCGAUGUCCUGGACAUUGUGACGACCAAGUUCUUGGAGAGACUCGAGAGGCAGAUCAAGAAGGAGAUCAAGGCCCGAGGAGACAAGGAUAACGGGGCUCGGCCCGAGGUCGGCGUCAAGGCUGGCAAUGUGGAGAUGGCGGCCCCCGAUGCCGAAAGAGUGCGCAACGAGGACGACGACGACGAUGACGACGAUGCCGACGAUGAUGCCACAAAUGCCAAGCAGCGGGCCAACCGCGCCGAGGCUGUGUCGUAUGGUCCCAAUGACGAGGACGACGAUGUGAUUCAGAACCGGAUGGAGCGCGAGGCAUCUGAUGACGACGACGACGAAGUGCCGGAGGAUGAAGGCUUCGGCGGCAGCCCGGCACCCGAGAGCGACUCGGAGGCUGGCGGCCGGUCCAGCAAGCGGGGCACGACCGAGCUCAACAAGAGCCGCCAGGCAGACGUCAUGGAGAAGUUCAGCUCGGUAUCGCGGUUCGAGUGCGACGAAGCCGGCGGCGAAUGGUGCGAGUUCUCGCUCGAGUUUGACGCCAACAUCCCCAAGGUCCUGAUGCUGAACGUGGUGCAAGAAGCGGUGCGGAAGACGCUGGUCCAGAAGAUCGAAGGCAUCAAGGACUGCACGUUUGUGGAGGACGAGCUUAUCAAGGACGUCCGCACCGGCAACGAGGAGAAGAUGCCGGUCAUCCACACCAACGGCGUCAACCUGGUGGCCAUGCAGAACUACGCCGACUACAUUAACCCCAACAAGACCAUCACCAACGACAUCGCAGCCGUCCUGCGGACGUACGGUGUCGAGGCUGCGCGACGCAACAUCAUCCAGGAGCUGGGCAACGUCUUCGGUGGUCACGGUAUCAGUGUGGACAACCGCCACCUCAACCUCAUCGGCGACUACAUGACCAGAAACGGUGGCUUCACGCCAUUCAACCGCAACGGCCUCAAGGGUAACGUCAGCCCCUUUACCAAGAUGAGUUUCGAGACGACAUUGGCCUUCCUGAAGGACGCCGUCCUGGACGGAGACUGGGAUGAUCUCACGACGCCCAGUGGACGUAUCGUCAUGGGCAGGCUCGGAAAGGUGGGAACGGGCGCGUUCGAUGUCUUGACGAGGGUGCACCCCAAAAAUGGGAAGAACCAGCUGUAG